CUACUGCAGCUUUGGAUGUGGGCUCGUCUUCCAGUUGGACGGCCCAUAGUUGACGCUCCUCGGGAAUGGUUUGCAGUGGGCAACCCUCGUCACCGUCCGACGUUUGCCCAUCUUUGGGACCAGGCGAAAGUCGCCUUCAGCAGGACUUCACGUGCGUACGUACAGUAUGCCAAUGAGCUCGACACGCUUAGGCCCUCCAUGGUUAAUUGGGAGCCGUACACGGCGAAUGAUGCGCUGCAUCUUGGAGUAAGCAGCAUGUGUAGCGAGGAUGAAGACUUGUACUUGAUGAUCUGCCCUCUGAUUUGCUUCUAUGCUGUUGAGUGGCACCUUCCAAAUCGAGUAGCCCGCCAAUUUGGCUUGUGCCAGCAAUGGCCUGUCCCUCCAUUUGAUACUUCCGUGGAGCUGCACAAGAUUGAUCGUCAGAAGCAAAAGAAGACAGUUGAGUUUGAAACGUUGCAUCGUCAGUACAUAGAGGUGUGGGACCAGUUUCAUGACAACCUCUACGAAAAUGAGCAACCACAUACCAACUACAAUUUUCGUGCAUACCUUACUUGGUACCUAGGUGUUACAUGAACAAGGUUGAAAAUUUAGUGGACCCAAGCAGAUU